UCUAGGCUUUCAGUUGCCCUCACGCAAAGCACAUCAAUGGAUCUCUUUGUAGUUCUAGUGAUCUGUCUUUCUAUUUUGAUUUUCCUUUUUCUAUGGAAUCAGAGGCAUGCCAAAGGGAAGCUGCCACCUGGGCCCACUCCUCUCCCAAUUGUUGGAAAUAUUCUGCAGAUAAAUAUUAAGAAUGUCAGCAAAUCCAUAAGCAAGCUAGCAGAAGAUUAUGGUCCUGUGUUCACUCUGUAUUUUGGCAUGAAGCCCACUGUGGUGUUGCAUGGAUAUGAAGCAGUGAAGCAAGUCCUGAUUGAUCAGAGUGAGGAAUUUUCUGGCAGAGGUAGUUUACCAGUGGCAGACAACAUCAACCAGGGAUUAGGAAUUGUUUUCAGCAAUGGAGAAAAGUGGAAGCAAACUCGGCGUUUCUCCCUCAUGGUUUUGAGGAAUAUGGGGAUGGGGAAGAGGACGAUUGAACACAGAAUUCAAGAGGAAGCCGUAUGUUUGGUGGAAGCAUUAAAAAAAACCAAUGGAUCUCCUUGUGAUCCUACUUUACUUCUGACCUGUGCUCCCUGCAAUGUGAUCUGCUCCAUUAUUUUCCAGAAUCGUUUUGAGUACAGUGAUGAGAAAUUGCUAACUUUGAUAAAAUAUUUUAAUGAAAAUUCAAGGCUUGCAAGCACCCCCUGGGUAGAGCUCUUCAAUGCUUUCCCCUCUUUACUACGUUAUUUCCCAGGAAGUCAUAAUACAAUAUUUAAAAACAUGACUGAACAAAGAAAGUUUAUUUUGGAGGAAGUAAAGAAACACCAAGAAUCCCUGGACCUCAAUAACCCUCAAGAUUUUAUUGAUUACUUUCUGAUUAAAAUGGAAAAGGAAAAACACAAUAAACAUUCCGAAUUUACCAUGGACAACUUGAUCACCACUGUAUGGGACAUAUUUAGUGCUGGAACAGAGACAACAAGCCUCACUCUGAGAUAUGGGGUCCUGCUCCUGCUGAAGCACCCAGAGGUCACAGCUAAAGUUCAGGAAGAAAUUGAUCAUGUGGUUGGCAGAAACCGAAGCCCCUGCAUGCAGGACAAGAGCCGCAUGCCCUACACAGAUGCUGUGCUGCAUGAGAUCCAGAGAUACAUCGACCUUGUCCCCAGCAAUCUGCCCCAUGCAGCAACUCAGGAUGUUAAGUUCAGAGAAUACCUCAUUCCCAAGGGCACAGUCAUAUUAACAUCUCUGACUUCUGUUCUGCAUGAUGAUAAGGAGUUUCCCAACUCAGGGCAGUUUGAUCCUGGUCACUUCCUGGAUGAAAGUGGCAACUUUAAGAAGACUGACCACUUCAUGGCUUUUUCAGCAGGAAAAAGAGUUUGUGCUGGAGAAGGCCUGGCCCGCAUGGAGCUGUUUUUACUCCUGGUCAGCAUUUUACAGCAUUUUACCUUGAAAUCUGUGGUUGAUCCAAAGUACAUUGAUACUGCACCAAGUUUCAAAGGGUUAGUCUCUAUUCCACCCUUCUGUGAGAUGUGUUUCAUUCCAGUCUGAAGAAAGGGCUGACUGCCAGGUUGCAGAGUGAACCUCUCCAGCUCCAUCUACACAAGCUGAUGCUCUCUGUCCUGGCUGUUACCCAUUGUCCAACUCUCCCUUACCUUUAGGAGUGACAUUCUUGAGCCCUGCCUGUUCUAAUUUUCUUUAAGAUUCAGUUCAAGUUUUUUUUUUUGCAUGAAAUAAAACAGUUUUGUCCCCAAUAAUUUUUUUUUUUAAUUACAGCCCUGAGAUCUUAAGCUACAUCCCAUUUAUUGUGUAUACCAAAUGGAGGGCACCUUAUAAAUGUCAUAUUUUAUUAAAAAUUAAAAUUGGCAAUUAUCCCAUGUGAUAAAAUUUUUAAAAAUACAUUCAUCUCUUACUCCUAUUUAUCUCUCUGGGGGAAUGAUCUCUUGAUAGUUUGGAUGUAUAAUUUUGCUUUUUCCCAAUGUUUAUUAAAAAUAUAAUUAUGUGUUUGA